CCCAGCGGCCCCGACACUCACAGCCUCCAUCCUGCUUUCAGGCCCAGGUGCCCGGUGCCGUGCUCGCUGGGACUGGCUGUGGGGGUGGCGCUGGGCAGGAAAGGCGCCAUGUGGGCCGGGUGUGCCAGCAUCAUGGGCUGGUUCCUUUUCAUCCAGACAGCACCCGGGGCGGCAGGCGGCCGUCCCUGCAAUGCCAAGAACUUUGGCCAUGACUCUCUGGUGUGUGAGUGCAACGCCUCCUAUUGUGACACGCUGGACCCUGUUGUCGUCCCGGCCCUGGGCACGUACGCCAAGUAUGAGAGCAGCAAGAUGGGCAAGCGGCUGGAGCGCAGCGAGGGGAGGUUCCAGAGCGACUCCAUGGCCCCAGAUCUGUUGCUGAAGCUGGACAUGGCACAGCGGUACCAGAAAGUGAAGGGCUUUGGUGGGGCUCUCACAGACUCUGCCGCCAUGAACAUCAUGGCCCUGUCCCCAGAUGCCCAGACCAACCUACUCAAGUCGUACUUCUCAGAGGAAGGGAUCGAGUACAACCUGGUCCGCAUCCCGAUGGCCAGCUGUGACUUCUCGGUCCGCCUCUACACCUAUGACGACUCCGAGGGGGACUUUGAGCUGAGGAACUUCAGCCUGACUGAGGAGGACACAAAGCUGAAA